CUCUCAUCUCAACUCUCAGCAUCAUCACCAUGUUGAGCCGCCUCUUCCUCCUAAAGACAUUUCUUGUUCUUGGGUCCCUGACAUCCUGGGUGACUGCAAGAGAGCAUGUGAAAGAAGGAGAGUGCCCUCCGGACAAGAACCCGUGCACAGAUCGGUGCCAGGGGGAUGAGUCAUGUCCGGCGGGGCAGAAGUGCUGCCACACGGGCUGCGGUCGCGCCUGCCGAGGAGGCAUCCCGCAGGGGAGAAAAGGCAAUUGUCCCAGGGCUGCUCGGAAACAAUACUGUUUUCAAAGGUGCGUCACCGAUGAAACCUGUCCAGGGGUGAAGAAAUGUUGCAGGUUUGGCUGCAGCAAGGCCUGUGUGGUCCCGGUCUCCACACGGAAGCCAGGGCUUGCUGGCGAGUGUCCUGCUGACCCCCUUCCCUGCAAGGAGCUGUGUGAUGGGGACCAGUCCUGCCCCCCGGGGCAUAAAUGCUGCAGCACUGGCUGUGGCCACACCUGCCGUGGAGACAUCAAGGGAGGACGGGGCGGGGCUUGUCCUCACAUUUUGGUUGGCCUGUGCAUCGUUACCUGCAUGAUGGAUGAGAACUGUCAAGCCGGGGAAAAGUGCUGCAAGUCGGGCUGCGGCCGCUUCUGUGUCCCCCCAGUUCUGCCGCCCCAGCUGGCCUCGGACCCCAAUGGGACCAUCAGGGCUGAUUCCGAAUUAGAGACCCGGGUGCCCUAGCUGUCCCGACCUGUCCUGACUGCCAGGGGCCUGUCCUGGAAGCCGGGAGAGGAUGGUGCCCGGGGCCUGUGGUGCUCGCAGGGGCUCUCACUGCCCCUCUCGGCUCUGCUUUGUUCCUACUGCUGCCCCGCGCUCUGCAGAAACAGCCCUGGGGUCAGGCGCUGGG